GUCCCGGCGGGCUCAUGGGGGGCACCUUUCCAAGUUGCAGGAACCACGGCAGACAUUUGUCCCGCAGUGAGGGUGGGCACGGUGGCACUGCCCGGGAGGUUAAAUUCACGCCCUCCCCGGUGUACCCUGGUGUACACUGCUGUAGAGCGCUCACGGAUCCCGAGGGUGCCCGGUGUUAGCAAGUGUGGUGCGUGAUGAGCAGCAGCCAUCAGGCCCUGAACACCUGGUGGAACAGGCCAGCGUGGCAAAGCACCAGGUAAGCAGGCUCUGGUGAUGCAGCCAGGGGAGCCUGCUCUGACUUCAUCUCACGAUACCAGUGAAGUACCUGCUCUCCACCACUUUCUUCAUUUAACCUCCCCUUGGGGUCAGCUGGUCAUCAGCAUGCCUUCAACCGAGAACACCUCAAAACUUUUCCUGGUCCUCGUGUCACUGCUGCUGGUGCUGCCAGCAGUUGAAGCCCUGGACGCAGGAGACACCAUUGCCUUCCUCCUAGGCCUCGCUGUCAGCGUCGUCGGGUUCUGCGCCUGCCUCGGCUUGUAUGCAAGGAGAAGGAACGGGCUGCAGUGACUUCAGGAAAAUGCUCAGAUGAAGUGGAUUUCUGAACACAGCUUGGGGUUGGGUGUAAGAUGACCUUUGGUUCUGGAUAACUUUCAAAAAAGAUGUAGUAGAUAUUUCUGCAAACCCCUCUUACUGUACAGUGCAGUAGAGUCAAGAUAGUACCCAGUGAAAGAGAUUUGUACAUCUAUCCUCAUUACAAAAAGAUAAUUUUAUAUUGUCUGUGAUUAAAUAUUGCCUUAGAGAAGGGUAAAAACUUUUUGAAUGGAGAAUUGAAACUAUAGAGUGGCUCACGGUAAAAGUUUUUAAAUUUAGCAUUUGAGGGAGGCCAUCAACAAGUUCUAUAAUUUUGGUUUCAAUGUUUAAUCAAGAGGAAGCAGCUAUUAAUCUUCCAGUCAAGAUGACAAGAGUUUUGAAAUUAGUCCUAACUAGAUAGCUAGUGAGCAGACUGCUCUAAUGUGUGUGCUCACGCUCACGUUCUCUGUAAUGACAGUUAACACCUGACACCUUACUUCUGCUGGCACAUGGAUGACAUUUAAGAGAAUUAAG